CACGACACGUACACAGCAUCACACACAUUAUAUACAUUGACAGUUUCGCACAGCCUCACAGGAUCACACACACAGUCUCAAACACACGCAGUUCAAACGCACACACACAGUCUCAAACACACACACACGCAGUCUCACACACAUACACGCAGUCUCACACACAGUCUCGAACACACACACGCAGUCUCAAACACACGCGAGGCGCGUCACCCCGGACCUUCCGAACCCCGAGAGCUGGGACCCAACAUCCCGACUCUUCACCUGCAGCAGCAGCAGCCCCUGCGUCUCGCCCCAAGAGUCACCACGGCGGUGAUCGGAACCGGCAAGGUGGCCCCGGCGGAGACGGAAGGUGGGGGCACGGCGGGGCGCGAUGGCCCGCGGGACAGGUUUAAAGCGGUGUGGAUCAUCUUCUUCCUCCUGGGUUUGGGCACGCUCCUUCCCUGGAACUUCUUCAUCACAGCCGAGGAGUAUUUCAAGAGUCGUCUGGCCCAGCGACACGUGAGUUCGAACGCCUCGGGACAGCCGGGGGUCCAGGGGAACGCGAGCGAGGUGGGGGGGCACCACCCCGCGGACAGCUCCCUGGAGCGCAACUUCAACAGCGUCCUCACGCUGUGCUCCAUGCUGCCCAUGCUGAUCUUCACGUGCCUCAACUCCGUGCUCCACCGGCGGAUCUCCGAGUGCGUGCGCAUGCUGGGCAGCCUGGUGGCCAUCCUCAUCUUCUUCGUGCUCACCGCGGCGCUGGUGCACGUGCACGUGCUCAGCCACCAGCCCUCAACCUUCUUCGCCAUCACCAUGGUGACCGCAUUCCUCAUCAACUCUUUCGUUGCGGUGCUGCAAGGCAGCAUCUUCGGCCUGGUGGGGCUGCUGCCACUGAACUACGCGGUACCUGUCAUGAGCGGCCAGGGCAUGGCCGGGAUCUUCGCCGCCCUGGCGAUGAUCUUCUCUCUGUUGCAAGGGAACGACCACAGCCACAGCGCCUUUGGCUACUUCAUCACGGCGUGCGUCACCAUCUUCAUCACCAUCAUCGCCUACCUCGCCAUGUCCAAACUCAAGUUUGCAACGUUUUACUUUUCGAAGAGGGGUCGAGGCCACGAGGCGGAGGAGCCAGAAGGGUACAGCGUACCUGAGGGUAAUAAGCGGCCGGACGGGGAGGGCCCCGAGUUGGAGUUGGAUGCAAAACCCGAACCCAAGAUCAUGGAACCAGACUCUGUGCUCUCAAUCUUAAAACAGAUCUGGAUUCCGGCGCUGUGCGUGUGCCUCACCUUCACCAUCACGCUCGGCGUGUACCCCGCCAUCACCGCCGACGUCGUCAGCACCAGCGCCACCCCAGGGAGCCGAUGGGAAAUCCUCUUCAUCCCCAUCUCGUGCUUCCUGCUCUUCAACCUCCUCGACUGGGCGGGACGAAGCUUCGCUGGAGUGGUGACGUUUCCAAGCAUCGGGAGCCUGUGGCUGCUGCUGCUGCUCGUGUGCACGCGCGCCGCCUUUGUGCCGCUCUUCAUGAUGUGCAACGCCCACCCUCGCGGCGCCGCCGCGCUGCCGGUGCUCUUCCCGCACGACGCCGUCUUCAUCGUCCUCAUACUCCUCUUCGCCUUCAGCAACGGAUACCUCGCCACGGUCGCCAUGUGCUACGGGCCCAAGAAGGUGUCUAGCCACAAUGCCGAGACGGCCGGUGCCAUCAUGGCCUUCUUCCUGUCGCUCGGCCUGUCGCUUGGCGCUUCCAUCUCCUUCCUCUUCCGCUCCCUCGUCUGACCGCCGCUGUCAUGGGCAUCGUCGGGCGGUGGAGUCGGGCGGAGCACGGCGGUGGACGCGUGCUCCUCAAUUGGGCUCACGAACCCGUCUGUGCAGACCUCCCAAGUGUUAUCGCCCUCCGGGGGGGCCUUGGGGCCUCGGUGAGGCUCCACUGGAUGAAUAUCGAUACGGUCGUCACCGUCCUCGCUCUGCUCGUCAUCAUCAAUUUGUUGUCAUCAUCAUUAAUCAGUCAUCAUCAACAGCGUUGUCAUCAAUCAGUCGGAGCUAAGUGCGAGUUCAUUAAGUGCCAUCACCUCGUCGUCAGUCGUCGCUGCGACCUUUGCCGCCGCACGGCUAUGGCAGUGUCGGGGCUGGAGGGUCGCGUGGUUGAGUGUCUGGAGGGUCACGUGGUUGAGUGGCUGGAGGGGCACGUGGUUGAGUGGCUGGAGGGUCACGUGGUUGAGUGGCUGGAGGGUCACGUGGUUGAGUGGCUGGAGGGACGCGUGGUUGAGUGGCUGGAGGGUCACGUGGUUGAGUGGCUGGAGGGACACGUGGUUGAGUGGCUGGAGGAUCACGUGGUUGAGUGGAUGGAGGGUCACGUGGUUGAACUGGCGCAGCAGCAGGCCCGGGGGAGACCUCCUCGCUGCCCUGUGGAGGCCGUCGUGCUCGCCGGGGCCCUGCUUGUAUCAGUCUCAGAUCAGCUUCGUCAUGAACACGCGGCCUCGCUUAGUUCAUCCAUCGCUCCCCAGGGUACCGUGCCGAGCGGUCCCGUGGAGCGGCGCUCUCCGUACACGCGGGGGGUGACGCGGUCAAGUCGGGAGUGGUGCCGACAAUCACCGCAGCUGCUCUGCCUGUGUGCGCGUGCGCGUGGUGGUGCUGUGAGGUGAAUCGACGUCCCAACCCGACAUCAAACACCACGUUUCCGCCACAGCAAUAAUCGCCGAUUGACUGCCGCCGCGGUCUGGCCCGGAUCGGUCGAUCGGGUGGCCACCGGUGCUCGUGUGGCCCAGGAUUGUUCUCGAGUUGGGGAGGCUGCCGCCGCUGCCGCUGUCAUGGAAAACCCGGACUCCGUCUUCCCCGCGACAUUAAACGUCCCUGUUUUAGUUGCGUUCAGAAUAAGAACCGGAAUGCAGUGUUCAACCCCCAGGCUCUCCCCGAUUUCGAUCUUGUGGGAUAUUUCUCUUCCCAUGACGUGUGCUCCGUUUCUGUUGUUGUUAUAACCUCGGAGGCAGCAAACCAAGUAGCCUGGGUGACACAGAAUUUGUUUUAUUAUUAUUUCGGCCGACCACGUCCAGUAUAGCUUCGCUCGGUAUGAGCCGUGGUGAGUGCUGGUGGCGUGCCACCGACACCGCCGGUGGACUCCGAGCGACCGGGGAAGGAUUGAGUAAGAAACUCUGCCCCUGGACGUGAUUGUGUUCGGAGGCGGCACUGCAAGACGAAGCUCAUAAGGUAAUUUUCCGUUCUUGAGAAACAAAACAACAACAAUGUUAAUUCCCUAAUUAUGGCGCUCAAACCACGUGAACAAAGGUCUCGAGGCGCCGAACGGGCGGCUCGUUUGAAUGGGAGACUUCAAACAGGAAUCUAUUCAAACAGUUCGUGUCGCUUCAUCGUUCUGCCUCCCACCUCCCCCCCGAAGCGGAAUAGAUUUAUCCGCAGCGGUCUCUGGUGGCGUUGCGUGUGCCGCUCUUCGUUUAUUGCUCCAACUUUCUGACGCGUACCCUUACUGGAGAUACUGUGACAAAAAAAGAGCUUCACAGCUCAUCGGAUUUCUCCAGAUUCUGUUUCCGAGCCAACGUCGACCGCGGUGGGUCGGGCCUGCGGUUGGGCCACGGGGUCGGUCGCGCGCCCGGAGCUUUGUGACCUUCAACUCUAAACGAGGCGGGCUCAUCCCGCGUGCGAGUUGUGCGCACGCGCGCGUUCCAUUCCACCCGUCACUCUCGAUUUGUCCCAUUAAGUACAAAGUUAAACGCGUUAAGGCGGCGGCGGUGCCGAUUCGAAUGGACGCGCGAGCCCCCCCCCCCCAACCCCGAGCCCACCCCCGACUCUCUCACGAUACGACUCUCCAACGAGUGGACUUUCUUAAGAACCGACUCUGUAACGAAGCGACUCUCUAACGAACCGACCCACUGCCAUUGCGAUGUUUCUGCCACUGCCGACCCGGCCUGGGCUGGGCUCCACACCUCGUCGGGUCGUCGUUCUGUUCUUGCUGCGUAAAUGAAAUAAAGUC